GGUUACAUUGAGGGCAAAAUGUUUUAAAAGUCAUUAACACUGAUUCUUGGUGAAAACUGUAUUACAGUUCUUUGUUAUAGCUAAUGUAAUGGCGAGCUUCCACAACUUAUUGAUGAUUGCUCUUCAGAUUUUUAGCCCGAAACUGGAGCACAAAGGUCUCCAUGUCCUCUCUAUCGCCAUUCUCGACAUGCUAAACGCAACUCUAGUAUCUGCGGCUGCAAACGCGGCAGUGUUCGUAGCGGAGCUGGGGAAGAACGGAAACAAACACGCCAAGUGGAACAAAGUCUGCGACAGGUUUGCCACUUACUGUGAUCACGGCGCUGGAGCACUCAUAGCCGCCUUCGCCGGAGUGAUUCUUAUGAUUCUAGUCUCCGGCGUCUCCAUUUCCCGCCUCUUAUCCAAUUCUAACAAAUUCUCCACCAGUAAAGGCCCUGCCACCGAAACCGACGUUCCCUAAUACAUGGCGGCCAAAAUACAGCGAUAAGUAUACAUGUGUGUGUGUGUGUGUGUGUUAGAUGUUGUAGCUUACUUUGUGUUUUGUCGUUUCUCAAGUCACUAUCAAAUUGUCUAACGCACUCCCCUGUUCUAUCACCUUCGUAUAUUAUUAGAGAAGCAAGAUGUGUAUCUUGCGGACCAACUAAUAUAGACCGUAAAGUCCAUUAAUGAAGUGAAGUCCACCCCGAAGAAUAUUCUAGAUCUUGAUAUUACUUAUUGUACAAGCUA